AUGGUGGUAAAUAAUCACAAUCAGGAAGCUCAGAUUUUCUGGCUGAAGAGGUUGCCACAGAGCAGAAUUACUAUUGGAAAUGGCUCUUUCAUGACUGAAUUCAUUCUGGUUGGCCUAACAGAUGAUCCAGAUCUCCAAAUCCCACUUUUCUUUCUUUUUCUAUCAAUGUAUAUGUUCACCAUUUUGGGAAACUUAGGAUUCAUAGCUCUAAUUGGGCUGAAUUCCCAUCUUCACACCCCCAUGUACUUUUUCCUCUUUAACCUGUCCUUCACAGACCUCUGUUAUUCUUCUGUUUUGACACCCAAAAUGCUAAUCAACUUCUUAUCAAAGAAGAAUAUUAUCUCCUACCGGGGGUGCAUGGCCCAGCUCUACUUCUUCUGCUUUUUUGCCAUCUCUGAGUGCUAUGUGCUGGUAUCAAUGGCCUAUGAUCGCUAUGUGGCCAUCUGUAAUCCACUCUUGUAUAACAUUGCCAUGUCCCCUAAAAUGUGCUCCAGCCUAAUGUUUGGUUCAUACUUGGUGGCAUUUACUGGUGCUAUGGCCCACACUGGAUGCAUGCUGAGACUGACCUUCUGUGAUGCCAACACCAUCAACCAUUAUUUCUGUGACAUACUCCCUGUGCUCCAGCUCUCCUGCACAAGCACCUAUGUCAAUGAGCUGGUGGUCUUCAUUGUAGUGAGCAUCAACAUCAUUGUGACCUCUCUCAUCAUUUUCAUCUCUUAUGGUUUCAUUCUCUCCAGCAUCCUCCACAUCAGUUCCACUGAGGGCAGGUCCAAAGCCUUCAGCACCUGCAGUUCCCACAUAAUGGCUGUUUCUCUCUUCUUUGGAUCAACUGCAUUUGUGUAUUUGCAGCCAUCUUCCUCGAUGUCUGUGAAUGUGGGAAAGACCUCUUCUGUCUUUUACACCAAUGUGGUUCCCAUGAUGAACCCCUUAAUCUACAGCUUGAGGAACAAAGAUGUUAAACUUGCCAUGAAAAAGACCCUGAGUAGGAGAAAGUUUUAA